AUGACGACUUUACAUUACGCAUUAUCAUGGGCCGACCAUUUAGAAUCUAUUUCCAAAGGCUUAAGUUCACUGCAACAGAAAGAAGAGUUAGUGGAUAUGACCCUAGCUGCCGAUGGACACUUCAUAAAAGUACAUAAAGUAAUAAUGGCAAUAGCAAGUCAAUUUUUCAAAGAAAUUAUAUGUUCAACAAAAUGUGACCAUCCAGUUGUAUAUUUAAAUAAGGUAAGCUAUCAAUCCCUAAUAUAUAUUCUGGAAUAUAUCUACACUGGGGAAGUGCAUGUAGAAAAAGAAAAUAUGGAGGAAUUUGUAUCAACAGCUCAGGAUCUCCAGAUAAAAGGAUUGAAGGAUAUAUAUGACCAUUAUAAAAAAGUGGAUACCAAACACUUAAUGGAAGAAUUCCCUAUUACUGUUGAGGAUACUGAUGAUAUUUACUACCCUGAAGUUCAAAGCAGUGAACGGGAAAACACAUCUUUUGAUCUGAAUGAAGAAUCUAUAUCAAGCAAGAAACCUAAUCCUGGUGUGCAGGUUGUGGAGAAACUGAGUAAAGUAGCAUUUGAUGAUGUUUCUGAUUUUGAUACAACAGUUCACUACACAAUGUCAAAUCGUGGAUCCAUACAGAUGAUAUUAAAUAAAUUUAUGUAUUACUUGAAACACAAGAACAAAGAUAAUUCCAGACAAUGGCGUUGCGUUGACUAUUUGAAUAGUAGAAAGUGUCCUGCACUAAUAUUUACUGAAGAGGAUUUAAUAGUUAAGAGAGUGUCUAUUCACAACCACAAACCACAUGAUAAUAAAAUAAAAAAGAGAAUUAUGUCAGGAAACAUAUUUAAAGGCAUUCAGGAAGCAGAAGAAAUUAGAGAAACUAAUCAUGUGAUGAGAGGAAGUAUGUAA